CGCCGCCAAAAACCAAAAACAACAAAACAGAACAGAAAGCAGAGACACAGAAGGAGAAGGAAGAAAUGGCGUCGUUCGAUCAAGCUCCUCCUGGCGAUACAAAAUCUGGAGAUAAGAUCUUCAGGACUAAGUGCGCUCAGUGCCACACCGUCGACAAAGGUGCCGGUCAUAAGCAAGGACCCAAUCUGAAUGGCCUGUUUGGAAGGCAGUCUGGCACAGGUGCUGGGUAUUCUUAUUCUUCUGCUAACAAGAACAUGGCUGUUAUAUGGGAGGAAAAGUCUUUGUACGAUUAUUUGCUGAACCCCAAGAAGUUUAUGCCAGGAACAAAGAUGAUAUUCCCUGGAUUGAAGAAGCCACAGGACCGUGCUGACCUUAUUGCAUAUUUGAAGGAAUCAACUGCUUAAAACACCAUUUUUUUUUUGUCCAUUCCAUAUUGCAGCAUUUGGCGGCUGUCUCGCGCAUUGCGAGUUAAUAAUUUAUUUUUUCAUGAAUAAAAUUAUACCAUUCUGUUUGUACAAGGAGCAUUCACCAUUCAUUUCUGUUGUAAGAGGUUACUCUUUCGGGAAUGUAGCAUUUGAUACAAUCAGGUGAUUGAACUCAUAUUUGAUGAUAUAUUGGUAAAGCACCAAUGAUAUAAUUCUUUUUUGGGUUUUC